GCUCUGUCAGUAACACAUGUGGAAGCGCCGCGGAGGGAGCGAGCGAGCCGGCUAGAGGCCAGCGCCGCGCCGCCGCCUCCGAGCCGGGCAGCAGCAGCUCGGGCAGCAGCCCCGGCAGCGGCGCAGGCUCCAGGGCGCCGGGCCCGGCCCCGCCGCAGCUCCCCGCCUCCCGGGCCGCAGCCGCGCCGCUCCCGGGCUGCUGUUCCCGCGGCUGCUCCCGGACUGGAGGCGCAGGAAGCUGGGUCGAGCGGCGGCGGCCGCCAGCCCCGAGAGCGCGCGAGCGCGCGGGAGGGAGGCAGGCGGUGGAGGAGGAGCGGGCGGAGCGGGCGGGGCGCGGGCGGGGGCGGGGGCCGGCGGGCGGGGGAAUAUACAAAGUGAAGCCACAUUGCCAAACUUGCAGCAGCGAUUGCAGCAGUUGCUGCCGCUGCGCCGCGCCUGAAGCCGCGCCGCGCGGGCCGAGGGCUCCUGCAGCUGCUCGCGCGGAGCCGGAGCCGGAGCCGGAGGACGAGGACUAGGACUAGGACUGACACUUCUGCUCCCCGCCGCCUGCCACUUAACGCGGGCCCCCCCCCAGCCCAGCAUUCUGAGCAACGCAUUUAAAAAAAAAAAAAAAAAAAAGGCAGCCCUUUUAGCCCCCUCCUCCCCUCUCCUGCUUCUGCGAGAACUCCCCCCACCCUCCAGCUCCGCCGGCCCAGGCGCCCCUUCCUUGGAAGCCGAGCGCCGCUCGCCUUUCGCCGCUGCCGCCUCCCGCAAUAUUGCAAUAUAGGGGAAAAGCAGACCAUGGUGAAUCCGGGCAGCAGCUCACAACCUCCCCCGGUGACAGCCGGCUCCCUCUCCUGGAAGCGGUGCGCAGGCUGCGGGGGCAAGAUUGCAGACCGUUUUCUGCUCUAUGCCAUGGACAGCUACUGGCACAGCCGGUGCCUCAAGUGCUCCUGCUGCCAGGCACAGCUGGGUGACAUCGGCACUUCCUGUUACACCAAGAGCGGCAUGAUUCUUUGCAGAAAUGACUACAUUAGGUUAUUUGGGAAUAGUGGUGCUUGCAGCGCUUGCGGACAGUCGAUUCCUGCCAGCGAACUCGUCAUGAGAGCCCAAGGCAAUGUGUAUCAUCUUAAGUGUUUUACAUGCUCUACCUGCCGGAAUCGCCUGGUCCCGGGAGAUCGGUUUCACUACAUCAAUGGCAGUUUAUUUUGUGAACAUGAUAGACCUACAGCUCUCAUCAAUGGCCAUUUGAAUUCACUUCAGAGCAAUCCACUACUGCCAGACCAGAAGGUCUGCUAAAAGGUCAGAGUAAUGCAGAAUGCGUGCCUUCAUCUCAGAUUUUGUUCAUCACAGGUGGAUCCCAUGUGUCUUCAGUAGACAAGUCACCUUUGUAGCUAGCACCAGUGCCAGCUCCAUGCCAUUGCACCUUCUUUAGUCUUGAUUGCCCUUCCUGCAUUUAUUGGUGUAUUAAAAUGACUGAAUAUGAACAUUAAGGACUCCAUGAACCUGGGCUAAUGGGAGACUGUAGAGAAAAUGAAAAAAGAUCCACCGGAGGACAUCUUUGGGGGGGGAGGGAGCUUGGGAGGAGGGAAAUGACUAAUGAAGCUAAUUAAAAGAAGCAUUCAAAUCUGCUUUCUACCCUCAUUAACAAUUAGCAGGGCACUGGCCAGAGUUUGUACCCUGUGUUUUACCUUAACAACAUUCUCUUUGCUCUUUGUAUAUUUAAGUGUCGUAAGGAAAUGUGUUUCAAUCAAAACUGAACAUGAGAUAAAGGGAAGAGAUGUGGCUUUUGUGAUAUUCUAUCACAAACACUUUUAUUGUAUCUCUGUAAAAUACAAUGUAUGUAUGCAUGUAAGUGUUUUCGUCCUAAUGUUGCUACUCCCAUGGCAAAGGAAAAAAAAAAGAACGAAAAAAAGAAAAAAAAUUGGAAAAAAAAUCAGGCUCAUAGCAGCUGCUGUGUAGAAAUUUCCCCCUACUUCUAAUUUGCUGAAUGAAGAAAAAAAUCUUUUAUUUGUGAUAUUUUCAGAGACAUUUGCUCUAGUAUGGUGUAUUUAAAUAAUAAAAACUUAAAAGAAAAAAUA